CACCGGGCAGGGGCCUCAGGCAACAGGCGGCAACCUACCCCUAGGCAGGGGUCUCGGGGACUCAACAGGACUCUAGCUGUGGAGUCUGGCAACAGCACAGCUCCUACCCAACUUUCUAGGGUCAUUGGGUUCACGGGGACUCAAUGAGUAGCGAUGGCUCAAGCACUCAGGGGCACCACAGGACAUGGUGUGGUCGGUGCACACAGUGGGGGCAGUUCAGAACACGGGUGGUCGGUGCACACAGUGGGGACAGUUCAGAACACGGGUGGUCGGUGCACACAACAGGGACAGUUCAGGACACGGGUGGUCAGUGCACACAGCAGGGACAGUUCAGAACACGGGUGGUCGGUGCACACAGCGGGGACAGUUCAGGACACUCACGGUAAGCAGCUUGCAGACCCUCAGCGGCAGGCGGCUCCAGACAGGGAUGACCAGCGGUCAGCGUUCCAGGGACAACCAGCGAUCAGCAGACAGCAGCAGCUCCCAGGGCACUCAGCAGCAGACAGCUUCCAGGGACACGCA